AUGGACGCUAUUGAUAGCGAAGAGUUCUCUGCAUGGUUGUCUCCACAUUUAUCAAAACCUACUUUUGCAAUAUGCAAAUCUUGUAAUAAGGAGAUAAAUAUAUCGUCGGGGUACGACGCUCUUAAAAAACAUGCCAAAUCUAAGCUUCACGAAAAUAGUGUUAAGAGCUUAGCUGUUCAACCAAAAUUGACAGACUUUGUCAGUAAAGAAGUUACUCAGUUUAAACAUCAAGUGAAAGAAGGUGAAAUCCGGAUUCUUGGGUUUGUAGCUGAGCAUAAUCUUCCAUAUAAUAUUACUGAUCAUCUUUCUAAAUUAGUUGUACAGAUUUGUCCAGACUCUAAAGUUGCAAAAAGUUUAAAAUGCUCACGUCCAAGAGUGCAGUCUAUCGUCGAAAAUGUCAUCGGUGCAGAGAGUUUCGCAGAACUAUGUGAAGAUUUGCGUAAUAUUAAAUUCUCGUUGGUUAUUGAUGAAUCAACAGACUUAUCAACGACAAAACAUCUUUGCAUGGUGGCAAGAUAUGUUAAAAAUAAUCAAGUACGUGAUUCUUUUCUCGCGCUGAUUCCCCUUUCUUCAGCAGAUGCCACCACACUUUAUGAAAGCAUUGUAAAGUUUUUCAUGGACAAAAAUAUUCCUUAUAAAGAUAACUUGAUUGGAUUUGCAUCCGAUGGUGCAAAUAUAAUGAUGGGACAAAAACAUUCAGUGAUGGUUUUAUUAAAAUCAGAAAUCCCAAAUUUAUUCAUCAUGAAAUGCAUAUGCCAUUCGUUUCAUUUAUGCGCAUCUUAUGCUGGCGAGAAGAUCCCUCGAUUCGUUGAAGAUUUAGUCCGGGAUAUUUACAAUUACUUCGGUUCAAGUCCGAAAAGAACAAAAGAGUAUGAAGAGUUUCAAAUAUUUUGCCAAUUAAAAAUUCACAAGAUUUUACACCCUUGCCAGACGAGAUGGUUAUCGGUACAUGCAGCUGUUAGUCGGAUUCUAGAGCAAUAUCCUGCCCUGAAAUUAUAUUUCAUCGAUGCUGCCGCCUCACAAAAGGAGUUGCUAAUUGCCACAAAUAUUUUGCAGAAAUUGAACGAUCCGGUAACUCUUUUAUUCCUUAAAUUUUUAGAUUUUGUUUUGCCAAUCUUUAACCAACUGAACAAAGAAAUGCAAGCGGAAGGUGCUAGAAUUCACAUUUUAUACUCGCAUGUGUGUGCAUCCUUGAAAACUCUGUUAGACUGCUUUUUAAAGAGGUCUUACUUAAAUGCAACUAACACUGAAGAUGUGAACUUUAAAAAUCCUCAUAACUUUUUGGAUAUGCGUGAGAUGUACUUUGGAGCAAAAGUUAUGGAUACUUUACUGAAUGAUAACAGUUUGACUGCAGAUCAGUUGAAUUUAUUUCAAACAAGAUGUCUACAGUUUUAUAUUGAAGCAUCUGAGCAAAUUAUCCAAAGAUUUCCCCUUAAAAACAACCCAUUGAAAGACUUAAAUAUUUUGGCACCAGAAAAUGUAAAAAAAGGAAUUCACUCAAGUGUAAUACCACUUUGUAGAGCAUUUCCCGGACUCGUUGAUGCGAAAGACUACCAGAACAUUGAUACACAGUGGCGCCUGCUUAGGAACACUCAAGAAAUUAAUGUGUUUAAAGAUGAUGCCGAAGAUUUCUGGGCAAAUGUGGCUCAAAUGAAAGGCGGUGACGGUACACCAUUAUUUGGACUAGUGACUUCAUUCAUUUUUAACAUUUUUUCUUUACCGCACUCGUCUGCGAACGUGGAGAGAAUUUUUUCUGCGGUAAAUUUAAUGAAAACCAAAAACCGCAACCGCCUGUCAACUGAUGCUUUAGUUGGGCUUUUACACACUAAGAGACACAUAGGCGGUAGAAACUGCUAUGAUUUUAAUAUACCUAAAACCAUGUUCAGUAAACUUUCAUCGCAAGGUUGGUAUAACAAAUAA